CAGCUGAUGCUUCUUUACUGGCGAGUGAGGAGGAAAAUCAGCUGAAGGAAAACACUGCUGGCUACUUAGAAACAUGGCUGCGGAGAUUCAUUCGAGGCCCCAGACCGCGAGACCGGUUCUUUUGAACAAGAUCGAAGGACACGCAGACUCUGUCAAUGCCGCCGUUUUAAUACCAAAGGAGGAUGGAGUGAUCACGGUCAGCGAAGACAGAACCAUCAGAGUAUGGCUGAAGAGAGACAGCGGCCAGUACUGGCCGAGCAUCUACCACACGGUCUCUUCUCCAUGCUCUUGCAUGUCAUAUCACCAUGACAGCAGACGCAUCUUCAUAGGGCAGGACAAUGGAGCUGUAGUGGAGUUUCUCAUCUCUGAAGAUUUCAACAAGAUGAAUCACGUCAAAACAUAUCCAGCCCACCAGAACCGGGUGUCCGAUAUGGUGUUCUCGUUGGAGAGCGAGUGGGUGGUGAGUACCGGACAUGACAAGAGUGUUAGCUGGAUGUGCACCCAGAGUGGCAGCAUGCUGGGAAGGCACUACUUCAACGCCUGGGCCUCCUGCCUACAAUACGAUCACGAGACACAGCAUGCCUUUGUUGGCGACUACUCGGGACAGAUCACGCUGCUGAAACUGGAAAAGCAGACGUAUUCCACCAUCACCACACUGAAGGGUCAUGAAGGAAGUGUAGGAGCCUUGUGGUGGGACCCUGUCCAGAGGCUGCUGUUCUCAGGGGCCUCUGACCACAGCGUCAUCAUGUGGGACAUCGGGGGCCGCAAAGGACGGACGCUCUUGUUACAGGGCCACCACGAACGCGUUCAGGCCCUGCGUUACCUGCAGCUGACGAGGCAGCUGGUGUCGUGCUCCGCUGACGGAGGCAUCGCCGUGUGGAACAUGGACACACAGAGAGAAGAGGCGCCUCAGUGGUUAGACAGCGACUCGUGUCAGAAGUGUGAGCAGCCUUUCUUCUGGAACAUUAAACAGAUGUGGGACACAAAGACCCUGGGGCUCCGACAGCACCAUUGCAGGAAGUGUGGCAAGGCCGUGUGUGGGAAAUGCAGCUCCAAACGCACCACGUUUCCCAUCAUGGGCUUCGAGUUCCCCGUGCGAGUUUGUGACGCCUGCUUUGACACCAUCAAAGAAGAGGACCGGACACCGCUGGCCACGUUCCAUGAGGGGAAGCACAACAUCGCCCACAUGAACAUGGACCCAUCCAGAGGCCUGAUGGUCACCUGUGGAAGCGACCGCAUUGUUAAGAUCUGGGAUAUGACGCAGGUGGUUGGCUGUAGCUUAGCAACAGGCUUCUCUCCGCGCUGAUUAACCCAGGCAGCUACAAGCCCCACCCACUCUUCCAGUGUCAUGGAAACCCCUCUGUACAGUACAUCUCUGCAUCAUGCCUGGGAACUUCAGCUACAACCAGGCCUGCUCUUCGUGGAUGUGCGAUGGUGUGUGUGUGUGGGUGUGGGUGUGUGCGUCUUUGUAGUGUAUCCGUCCACAUUCCCUUUGAUUUUCUUUUCUUCUUAGUAUCACUGCUGGUCCCUCCUACAAGUGUGGGUGUGUGACUUUGACUUCCUAUGAUCUUUUUAAACAGAACCCUAAGCACAAUGGUGUGUUUGCGUGUGUAUGUAUGUGUGUUUCGUGUGCAUGUAUCCUAAUGGUUUCUCCUGUGGGCUGAAUGGUACUGAAAUUAGUGUUUACAUUAUUUCUGAUACCUAAAGUUAUUUUUAUCACCUUUGCACUGUAAAGUUUAGUGUCAUUGAUUCUCUGACCUGCAGUUGUACAACCAUAAAUGAGCUUUUCUUGCUUGUAACUGUGGCCCACUAACUGCAUAAGAACUAAUCACUGUAACUUACAAAAAAACAGUAUGUGUAUAUAACCCCUGCAUCAUGUGUAUGCUUGAUUGUUGCUUGAAAUUACUCUCUCUGAAACAGUGGUAUGCUUUUUUCCCUGGGUUUUUCCCCUCCAUGUCAGUUUUUCAGUUUGUGUUUCACCAGUUGGCCUUAAAUCACUCUCAGGUGGUUUGGUAUGUAGUCACAGAACAGGGGGACGAUUGGGGGCGCCAUGUCACGUGGGACAGCUGACAUGGUAAAAAAAUCAAAAUUGGGAUAUUUUGUAGUACCAGGUCUUGACAGUGGGAUUAGAGAGGUGGCCUGUUCAGUCAUCCUGAGGAGAACCAGUGGAAUUACUGUUCAAGAUCUGAUUAGUGUGAUCAUUCCAGCUUUUACCUCUUAACAAUUAAACACACGUUUAGAAAGUAGCCCAGUGUCACAGCACAGCACAACACAGGUGGUUUCAUGUCUCGUGAGAAUGACUUUCAUCCCUACGUUGGAGAAUAUUUUGGGUGUAAAACUGCAUUUCCUCGCACCAGAGCGGCGCUCAGUUACUGCAUGGGCAGCGUGAGCGACACGUAGCAGCAAACUGGCUCCUUUCAUUACCUAUGACUGAUGUUUCCUGCUCUAUUUGUAUGAGGGAUGUGAAUGACGCACUGAAUUGCACAGCUUGUGGUGUCGUGUCCAAACCUAACCGAGCGUUUUGUACCUUCAGACGCGGGAGAAGUGACGGCUGGAUUUGAUUUGGCGUCCCUGUAAAUAGCGGUUAAUAUCUUCUAAUGCUAGACUAACGCUUGCCUUAUUGUAGGGAGAAAGUCACCGCUGUCUUGUAAUUACUCAGUGUAGUCACAUUCCAUUUUUUUGAUCACUUAGUGCAUAUUUAUAUUUGUAGUAAAGUAUUUAUCAUCACUGUUAUUGUCCUUUUACUUCUUCGUUUCAUGUCAUAGUCAUUUUAGAACAUGUCGAACACUAAUGAAGCACAGGCAAAUGUACCAUUGAGGUGAAGAGCAGGUUGUCGCGCAGCUGCGUUCGUUCCGUCAUACAGAUCUUACACCGAAGGUUUUAUACAAAGGUUUUCAUUAUUGUCCUGUAAAUUCUUCAAACCUCUUGUAAGCUGGUGUGUGGUGAGACACUGAUGGAACGGCGAGCUGCAAAGUCCAGCAGAGGCCUUUUCAGACCUGUUAGAAAAUAAAAGAUGCAUUUGUGGGUUUAUAAACAGAAGAACAAAAGAGAUGAAUAGAGAAUCUGGUUUUGCUGCCAUAUGUGACUUAAAGCAUAAGCAAUUACUGUUCAUUUUUAACCCAAUGUUAUUUAGUAUCUCAAAAGACUAAAUCCAGUGUUAUGUAUAUUGUUGAAAUAAAAGAUUAAACGUG